AAGCCAAACGAACUGCUAAAUAUUUUCUAGAAUUCUCAGUCACGAGUUGAUCUUAUACAAAAUAUUUCAUAGAAGCUUAAUAUUUUCAACGUGUAAAUUGUAUUACUCGUUUUGAUAAAGUUGACGUAUUGUGACAAUGCAGACGUUGUACGUAUUUCUAUUGUUGGCCUUCGUCGGGAGCGUUUUUGGAAAAGCAAUACAUAAAGAUAGUAACGAAUUGUUAAAUAGUCCAAAUUAUCAACAAGUGGAACAACUGGAACCACCUAAAGGUUUAUAUAUACCUGGAAGUAUAAUUAUUAAUAUAAUUUUUAAUAAUCCAGACUCGCAAGAAUCAGAAGAAUAUGAACAAUUCACUCCAAUUGUUAGCCCAAGACCAGAAACACAAGACUUGGUUGAUAAACCAGACUCGCAAGAAUUAGAAGAACAAGGCUCGGGACUAUUAGAUUUGGUCGGAACAAUAUGGGAUUUAUUUGGUUAGGUAUUCUGAUCCUAAUAUAAUCUAAAAAUUAGUAAAAGUAAAAGGAAACAUUAUGAGGAACAACCUCUAUUAUUGCUACUGUAAUGCACUGUUAUUAAAAUCUCAUCUAUGAAGAAUGUGCACGUAUUAAUGCACAAAUUUUUAUUAUUAUUAUUAUGUAACUUGAAUAUACUGUAAACACGUUAAAGUUUAAGAUUAUAAAAUUACAUGAAUAUAUGUAUAAUAUGCAUAUUGAUAAAAUCUUUUAACAGGUAUAAUAAAUGUCGCUUAUACUUA